UCCUUCUCCUCCUCUCUGUCAGCAUGGAUGACAACAUAGAAAUCCACACCUUCCUGUACUUUGCCUACGGCAGCAACCUACUGAAGGAAAGGCUCCAGCUCAAGAACCCCUCCGCUUCCAUCCACUGUGUGGCCAGGCUCAAGGACUACAAGCUGAUAUUUGGGAACUACAAGGGUCUGGCCAGUGACCGCUGGCAUGGGGGUGUGGCGACCAUUGAGAACAGCCCAGCGGACGAGGUGUGGGGAGUGGUAUGGAGGAUGAACGUGGCCGACCUCGAGUCUCUAGACAGCCAGGAGAACGUGAGACUAGGGGCCUACAGCCCUGUGGAGGUGAAUGUGAAGACUCGGGGCCAAGAGCUCAACUGUCGCACCUACAUCAUGAACAGCUGUAUUUACGCUCCACCGUCUCCACAGUACCUCAAGGUGAUUUUAAUGGGGGCGGAGCAGAAUGGCUUGCCGAAGAACUACCAGGAGAAGCUGAGGUCCAUCGAGACCAACAAGUAUGAGGGCCCACUGCCUGUCAUGGCUGAGCUGGAGCGGAUUAUGAAAAGAGCUAAGGAGAGAGCCAAUCACCGAUCUGACGCUUAACAACACCUGGAACAAACUGCCAUGUUUAGAACUCAACUCCUGGUAGGACAAUUGAAGCAAACUUCUACAACUUCCACUGUCCUACCAAGAGUUGUUGAAUAUCUUCUCAUCUCCAGUUUGCUCUUCAAUUCAUGUACCUUGGUUUGAAAGCGAGGUAGCGACAGCAUUUCUUUUUCUCUAGGAAUUCAAACUUGCCUAGAGAGAUAACUGUGUUGAGAAACCCACUGGUUAGAGAAACCAUCACGUCCUGUGUGUAACGUUACAUCUAUAAGUCCUCUUCAGGAAUAGUUAUUUACUGACAUAUAACAAUGAUGAUGAUGAUGAUGAUGAUGACACUGAGCAUCCCUCAGACUGUAUAGGGAUUGAAUGUAGAAUAUGAUCAUGUGUAUUUGUACUACUUCGGCGGACAAUAAAACCUCCCCGAAUGUUCUGUGUUGAUCUGUAUAGAGUGCACAAUGACAUUAAAUCAGCCUCAUUCAAGAUAGCCUGGUCUCAGAUCUGUUUGUGGUGUCUUUCCAAAUCCUAUGGUCAGUGACAUGACCACGUUGUUAAGACAGCACAGAAAGAUAUGGGGCCAGGCUACAUUCAAGAUCAAUUCUUCUGUUAAUCCUUAAGAGUCUACUGAUGCACCCGUGCGUGAAUCUAAUUAACAUAAUUAAAAAAUCCCCAUAAAAAUCCACCAAUUAAAGCUAGAGAUAUCCACUUAUGCCGGCCUUCCGCAUCUGCGGUAGAAGGUGGCCGACCUACAGCGGUGUUUGUCAGACCAUGAGACAUCCCAAAAAUUGGUCUACUCGCAGAAAUGUCUGUAGCGUCCGAACGGUUUGGCCAACUAAUAUGACCACUCUAUGGAAAGAUGAGACACUCACGAACGCAAUGGUGUUCUCCGUUUUUUUGUUGUUGUUAUACCUCAAAAUCAAAUAACUAAAUGAUCCAUGGUAUCAACAUCUUAAAACAAUUCCACAUGUUAGCUUAGUAGAACCCCCCCUGAAGUGUAUGUGGCUUUGCUGAGAUGGUGACCAGAGAAAAUCAGCUGUAUCAUACAUCUGUGUCAUACAGUAAUGCAACGCUAGAAGAAGACAGGAGAGAGAGAUGGAACAUGUUAUUGAAUCCAAUAAUACAAAUGGAUGCAAAGCCAUAAACGUCACUGUUAGAUGAGAAGGUGUUUCCUUAUUUUGCUGCAAACAUAUUUUGAACAUCGGAAGUCUGUGUACUGUAUAUGAUUGAAGGUCUUUGUCUCCCUCUGCUGUUGACAACGGUUGGUCAUUGUAUCCACACAGUUCAUACAAAGUUAAUUGGAAGCAGAAUACCACUGUCUAGACAUGUACACAAAAAGGUGCUCUCUAAAACCCUAAAGAGUUAUUUGCUCAUCUCUGAAGGAGAAACAUUUAUGGUUCCAUGUAGAACCUUUUCACCCAACAAAGAACCCUUUUAGAACCCCUUUUAAAAGAGUGUAGUACUGUAUCUGGUCACUGGCCAGGGUGUGGUUCAGGAGGGACCAGUUUGGUCCACAGACGGUCCCAGAAGGCAGGCUGCAUGGCCUGGUCCUGGGGCCAGUCCAAGUAGGUCCUGGGGAUCACAAUAAUAACUGAUUAUUUGAAUAAAGUAUAAAGUGCUUUUAUCACACUCAAGGCAUUAUACAACACUUGAAAUACAGCAUACACUAAAGUCAUAAUGAAGAUACUGUAUAUAAGUAAAAUAUCAUUUAGAAGACAAGCCUUUCAAGUCAAGUUCCUCAACACUUGAGGUCACAAAAAAAUACACAGUGCAUUUGGAAAGUAUUCACUAUUCCCACAUUUCGCUACGUUACAGCAUGAUACCGCCACCACCAUGCUUCACUGAUGGUGCCAGGUUUCCUCUAGAAAUGACACUUGGCAUUCAGGCCAAAGAGGUCAAUAUUGGUUUCAGCAGACCAGAUAAUC